ACCAGUACAGAACUACAUUUCCCAUCAGCCUGUUUGGGGGAGUUUAGGGAAUGCGGGUAGAAGGGGUGCCUUUUUCGCGGGGUGCUGCUUUAAUCUAAAGCGGUCCUGUGUGAAAGAUUCAGGUGAACAAAUUCUCCUCCACACAGGAGGUUGAACGCUGUAUUUCAGAGCAGAGCACUGCACUGGUAUGUGAUUUCCACCGGGACAGCAACAGAGGAAAAGCGAGCGAAAUUCCGCAUCACAUCUGGACAGAGCGGAAACAUCGACUAGCAUCCGAGGCUCCAUGUGAAUAUUCAUUCUGCAGCGCGUUAGCAGCAUCUCCAGGCUGAAAGAGGAGCCUUUUUACGAGGCUGAUGGAAGAAGGACGUGGGAACGGUUUAGCGUGGAUUUUCCCAAUCUAAACUCAGCAGUCAGGGGGGCGUAGAUUUGAAGAAAAGGGGACGAAGAUGCAUGCUUGAGACGAUUUGCAAGCUUAUUGGAUCAUUCACGAGAGGAGAGCAGCUCCUGAACACCUACGCACGGCCUGAUCAGAGAACACUCAGACUAAUGGGUGCAGAAGAGGGAUUUUAAGAGCAUUAAGUGGAUAUCUGCAAGAGGACACUGAAAGAUCUGGUAGAGCGAGAGGAUGCCAGAGUCGACAGGCACAAACAUCAUGGGCGUUGUAUUUUAUUAGACAACAAAAGCAGGAAACCUUGACUUUCAGCAAAACCCACCAUUAAGGGGUUUUUGAGAAUGGCAAAGAAUACACACAAACUCCAGGUUUAAUGCUAUAUAGCUCCAAUAAUACAAUGUGUUCCGCUGCGUGGCCGAGAUUGCCUUGUCUUUUUUGUAAUCCAGUCCCUCAACAGUUGCCUCCAUGCUCCUUGCAGAUGAUUCCUUCAUAAGCUUGUUUGAGGUUGCCAAAUCUUUUCUGCAAAGCCCUUGCAAAUCUCCUUUGUGUCAUUAGGGAUUUGUGGUUUUGAUUGCUUUUGUUGUCUCUCUUCUUUGUCAUUAUGCACAGUGGGCUCUGAAUCUGGUGGUAUUUUUUUCUUUUCUUUUUUUCUUUUUACCUCAACAUCUGGCAGACAUUGAACCAGAUCUGUGGACCUAUUGCAGACAGAGUGCUGUGCCAUCCCCAAGACACACACUCCAGUCAUGCAUGGUGGCUGCCAACACACUGCAGUGACCUGUGUAUAGCUGCCACUCAGGUAAUGGUCAGAAAUCGGCUGGCUGGAAAGGACGACCAUGAACCUGAGACUGCACAUGUCCGUAUCAGAUGACCCUUUACCUCUGAAAACUGAGAAGAAAUAGAGGGAGGGAGGGAAAAUUCCAGGAUGACUCUACAGUCUGAUUGUACAGGAAAAAUCCAGCCAUUUUCUCCAGAGACUGCUGGAAUUUUCCAGGACACAGUGGCUCGCUAGUGCAGGAGCAAGCAGGCUUACCCUAUACACACCACACACACACACACACACACAUACAGUUGUACACAUAGCAGGCGUGGGUGACAGCAUUCGCUUAUCUAAAGCUGAAAUGUCAAAUCCACAGAGGCUUGUUUCAUCAGACUGUCGCUGUAGGGAGAAUCAGACAAUGCAGACACCCACUGAGUAGACUUUGUGACGAUUUGAACAGGUGUGUGUUUUGAGCCAAGCGAUGAGAGGAUGAGAGUGAGGCAGAUCUGAGUUGAGUGGGUGAGAGUGAGAGAGCGCAAGUGAGAUAAGUGUGUGACCCACAGACAGACUGCAAGAGCUCUGUUUCUGUCUGUCAAACUGUGUGUGUGUGCGUGUGUGUCAGCUGGCACGCUGACGGGCACUGAGGGCAGGCUGGGCACGGUGGCAGGAGCCGGUGCAUGGCUGUGGGGGGGUCGUGCGGCGUGCGCUCCUCAUCAGCGAGAGAGCCGCUGGGGGUCAGGCUUUGGCUGGGCUCGGACACAGAGGCCCUGGGGGCCCAGCGGGGGGUCAGGUGAGCGGUGUUCCCGAAUGGCAUCAGGGGGCAUGCGCUGCUCUCUGCGCUUGUGGGUGCUGCUGGCAUCGUUGGCCCUCCUCUUCCUCACCUCCCUGCUCUUUUCACUCUCACUGAGGGGAGGCCCUGGCUUGUCCUACCUGGAGUCUCCUGGGUGGGAGGAGUCAAGGAAGGUGAAGCUGGUGCCUAACUAUGCCAGCUCCCACAAGCUGGUUUCCGCCGAGGGCAGCCAGCAGAAGACAUGUGCCUGUAAACGCUGCGUGGGCGACCCGAGCGUCUCAGAUUGGUUUGAUGAGAAUUAUGAGCCAGACAUCUCGCCCGUGUGGACGCGGGACAACAUCCAGCUGCCUUCAGAUGUCUACUACUGGUGGGUGAUGUUGCAGCCUCAGUUUAAGCCUCACAGUAUCCAACAGGUGCUGCUGAGGCUCUUCCAGGUGAUCCCCGGACACUCGCCGUAUGGCUCGUGGGACCCAGCACGCUGCCUGCGCUGUGCUGUGGUGGGCAACUCAGGCAACCUACGUGGGGUAGGCUAUGGCUCGGUGAUCGACAGCCACACCUACAUCAUGAGAAUAAACCUGGCCCCCACUGUGGGCUAUGAAGAGGACGUGGGCAGUCACACCACCCACCAUUUCAUGUACCCAGAAAGUGCCAAGAACCUGGCUGCCAACGUCAGCUUCGUUCUGGUGCCCUUCAAGACUCUGGACCUGCUGUGGAUCACCAGCGCCCUCUCUACUGGCCAAAUCCGCUUUACCUAUGCUCCAGUAAAGCAGUUUCUGCGAGUGGACAAGGACAAGGUUCAGAUCUUCAAUCCGGCAUUUUUCAAGUAUAUCCAUGACCGCUGGACACGACACCACGGCCGCUACCCCUCUACAGGCAUGCUGGUCCUCUUCUUUGCCCUGCAUGUGUGUGAUGAGGUGAAUGUAUUCGGCUUCGGGGCAGACGGUCGGGGGAAUUGGCACCACUAUUGGGAGCAGAACCGCUACUCUGGAGAGUUCCGAAAAACAGGUGUACAUGACGCAGAUUACGAGGCCAAGAUAAUAGAGCGCCUGGCCAAAGCUGGCAAGAUCACUGUCUUUCCUGGGAAGUGACAACCUAUCGCAGGCAUGGAGAGAAGGACCCCUCCACAAGCCCAGCUCCUGCGCUCUUUCCUUCAUAUUUAUAAGCUGUGACUGCAAGUGGUGUCGGAUCCUGAGAGAUGAACCCCUUUUGUUGGUUGUUAUUUCCAGGCCUACACCAACCUGGAACUGAACGAAUGAAGAACACUGAUAUCGACGUUCUCCUUAUCUAGUAACAGUGUUUUUAUAGUACUGCUAAACUUCACACAAGAAAGUAUCUAACUGACCUUGAUGGUCCUCAAUCAGCCGAUUAAUUCCCGCCUCUUGCGUGAGCUCAGCCAACGAUCAACAUAAACUAUAAAGUCAUUGAACUCAUUAUGAGAUUAAUUACUGGCUUGAGCAGAUCCGGACUGUGUGUUAAUCAUGCCACGCUGCAUGAUCACUGCAAGUGCCAGUUUACAUGCUCUUACAGAGAAACGGAGCAUUUUUAUGUCGUGUUAAAUCUUUUAUGGUUAAAUUUGAUCACGUUGACUCUGCAUCACUGUGCUCUUACAGCCGUUCGAACAGAUGUUAGUCACUAUCAUCAUGUGUUUAAUUAUUUUAACGAGUAAUUACCACAAACAGCUGAUUGUAAAGUGAAACGCUCAGCGCCUUCAGAUUAUUCGUUAAACAGAAACUUAUUUACUCCAACGUACCAAUCAGUGUUUCGACGUAUAUUUGUAAAGCACAUUUUAAGCAGUGUUACUCGUUUUCGUAUUGUCUGCAGAGGUCAAGCUGAAAUGUCUCUUUAUUAGAGUCCAUCUGUUUAAGGACAAAGAUAAUGAAGUGUUAUCUGCACACCAGGAACAAAAAUGUACUUUCUAUGAUCACUGAGGAAGUUCUCGCUAGAUGGUUUGAAGAUUGGUGACAUCAGCGUGUGCCACAUUACUUGAGGUUAAACUCAGCCUCCAUGUCGAAUCCCGUUCAUUGGGAUUAAACCAUGUUUCAGUGCAAUUAGGUGUUUAUGACGUACUUAGGAAAACGUUACUGCAAAUAGUUCUGUAGUUGUUAUUUUGAUUUUUUUCACCAUCUGUUGUGUGUAGAGCAGUGCUCUGUGGAGAAAAAAAAGUUUCAGGGUGCUCCAUACUUUCUGCUUUGGCUUAGUCCAUGGUUUCAUAUUCAGGUACAGUAAACCCAUUUUUUAAAAAUGUAGUCCUAAACAGAUGCUUGCGUGCCUUGUCCUUGCUGUGGAGACAUCCUCCUUGCAGUGAAACAAAACAAAAAUGUGUAGUCACAGACCGAGCAAGUUUUCUUACUGUGCAUUUUAAGCUCACCUGCUCUUCAUUACAUACACAGCAACACCCGUGAUGUCAUUUUUACCCUUUUUUUUUUUUUUUAAUGCAUACUUGCAUAUUUUGAGGGAUUGGCUUUGUGAUCACACUUACACCAAGCCUCCUACACUCCCUUCUCUAGAAUCUGUCCACUGCUGAGCACUGUGGCGUCAGGACCAGGCAGAACUUCCUCACUUCUGCCGUCUUUAUUUUCUUUCCAUCUGCCCUAACCGCCAGUAAUUCCCUCAAACAAUCUUCGAAACAGUCAUAGUAGCCGAUUAUUGCUGAAAUCCAGACAUUUGACGCUUGCGAGACCAUACCAUGCAUUAAUGUAAGUAUGGUUAGUACAUUUAAGGGUUGAGGCAGCAGUGUUAAUGUAGGGAUUGUUUUUAUGAAUACACAGAUGUUUACUCCCCUCGUCCAGGUGCAAAUAUACCAUUAAAAUGAUGUGCAAUUCAUCACCAAAGAGUCCAUUGAACAAACCCCCCCCCCCCCCCAAAAAAAGUGAAUUAUUUUAUGAAAACAUCAGGCUUCAAACACCAAAAGCCCAUCCAAGAUGAUAAAAUCACUAACAAGCCAAUGCUUGUGAGAUUAUGAGGAUUUUGUAUAGUACACUUUGUAGUCGUAAUUCUCAUCAUCCCACAAGGAUUACAACAUUUACAUUGUUGGUGGUCUGACAGAAGACAGAAAAAAAAAUUGUCCCUCUCAAUUACAGUAUACUUGUUUGGCAUAUUAACCUCAUCUGUGGUACGGUUUGUGUUUUUAAAAUGCCACUCUCUUAUUUUCUUCAUGUCCAUGACCUAUAGAUCUGUGCCUGGCUCCUUUACAGAGGAAUUUCCCUUCUUUCACUGUUGGGGUUACAGCAGUAGAUGCAGCUAUGUUGCUAAGAAUCUAAGACUGAGGUUUUGUAUUACGGAUCAUUGUGAUUAUGGGAGUGAAAGCCCUGCUGUGCUAAUGUUUAUACUGACCUGACUCCCUCAUUGAUGUGUUUGACCUAAAGCCUUUCAAACGAACCACUGACGACACACACUGUACAUAUCCUCCUGGUAUUUUAUUGCGCUUCUUAAUAGAACGCCAACUUGUUAAUGGUGUAGUGACAGUCAUCGGGUCAGUGCUCGCUCUCUCUCUCUUUCCUUUUCCAACCUCUUAUGCUAUUGUAACAAAUAAAUGCAUAUAAUAUA